AUGCCUGGUGCCAGUUUAAAUUAUCAUUCAUCUUUAUCUGUUGAUGAAACAACAGCAUAUUCUCGACGUAUUCAUCCAUCUCAACAAUAUUAUUAUCAAUCAAUUGAACCAUCAAGUUUUUAUACGUAUCAAUCUCAAUUAUCUAUUCAAAAUGAUCAUCAACAAAAAUCUUCAUUAUCAACAACAGAUACAAAAAAAUGUGAAUGGAAUGAACUUGAAGUUACUGGUAAUGUUCGUAAUUUAUCACCAAUUUUAUGGACAUUAUCACAAUUAACUGUUCUAUAUUUAAAUGAUAAUCAAUUAACACGAUUACCAUCGGAAAUUGCUUGUUUAACAAAUCUAGUCACACUUGAUUUAUCAAAUAAUAAAUUAAGAAAUUUACCAUCAGAAAUCGGUGAACUUAUAUCAUUACGUGAAUUAAAUUUAACAAAUAAUAGUAUUCGAAAUUUACCUUAUGAAUUAGGUAAAUUAUUUCGUUUACAAAGUUUAGGAUUAAUGGGAAAUCCAUUACCAGCUGAAAUUUUUACAAUUUAUACUGAAUCUAAUGGUUUACAAAAAUUAUUAACUUAUUUUCUUGAUAGUUUACCAUCAUCUCUUAAUGGCAUUCAAAAAUGUCAUUGUAACAUGUGUUCACUGACUGAACCACGUCGUGCUAUUGUUUCAUGUAAACAUAUAUUUUCAUCGUAUACGAAUGAAUGUUCAACAACAACAACAACAACAACAUCUUCAUUUCGAUCAACAAAACGAAGAUUAAAUGACAAUAUUUCAAAUACUAAAGUCUUUCAAAUAUCAUUUGAUGUUGAAACAAAUUUCUUAGUUAAUAAUGAUAAACUACUCAGGACAUCAUUAAAUCCACUUUCACCUACUUUCUAUUCUCAUCAUCAUGAAGAAUUAAUAUCAAGUGACAUUAACUAUCAAUGUAAGACAUCUGGUUAUGAUAGUGGUAUUAAUAGUAGUAGUAGUAGCAGCAGCAGCAGCAUUACAAAUCCAGGACAACAAUUAUCUCCAAUUUUAAUAAAUAAUGACAAUCAACCAUCAUUUACAUUUUCAAUUAUUAAUAAUAAUAAUAAUUCAACAUCACAAAUUCGUCGUAAAUCUUCAUCAUCAUCAUCAUCAUAUGAAUCUAAUCAUAUAAUAUUAUGUUCAUGUGAAAAAGAAAAUUUAAAUAAUCGUAAACGUUAUAGACGUUAUUUAAAAAAAACAUCAUAUGAUAAUUAUCAAACAAAACGUAUUAAAAUAAAUUAUCGUAAAAAAAAUUUUAAACAAAAUAUUAAUAAUUCAUUAAUUAAAUUUAGUAUUGAUUUAACUGGACAAAAUAUUAAUUAUACAAUUGAAUAUCAUCAUAAUCGUAUUAUAUUACCAUUUUAUUAUGAUUUUUAUUAUAUAUCAUGGCUUCAAAUAUAUUAUUAUUAUUAUUAUUAUUUAUAUUUUUAUUAUUUACAAUUCUUUGAUCGAGAAGAGUCUAUUCAACCACCACCAACACGAUCAUGGCUUCGUCUUUCAUCACCAAAUACAACACAACCAACAGCUAUAUUUACAAUAAUGAAUUAUAAUAUACUUUGUGAUAAAUAUGCAACAAGACAUGUUUAUGGUUAUUGUCCAUCAUGGGCAUUAAAAUGGGAUUAUAGACGAAAACAAAUUCUUGAAGAAUUACGUUCAUAUUCAGCUGAUAUUAUUGCUCUUCAGGAAAUUGAAACUGAUCAAUAUUAUUCAUUUUUUUUACCUGAAUUACAAAAAAAUGGUUAUGAUGGUGUAUUUAGUCCUAAAUCACGAGCAAAAACAAUGUGUGAACAAGAUCGUCGAUAUGUUGAUGGAUGUGCUAUAUUUUAUCGACAAUCAAAAUUUCGUUUAAUCAAAGAAUAUCUUGUUGAAUUUAAUCAAUUAGCUAUGUUAGCUGCAAAUGGUACAUCAUGUCAUGAUAUGAUGAAUCGUGUUAUGACAAAAGAUAAUAUUGGUCUUGUUGCAUUUCUUGAAACAAAAGAAGAAAUUUAUUCUCAUACAUUUUCAAAUGGUGUUUUACCACCAGAUCAUAAACAAAUGUUAUUUGUAUGUACAGCACAUAUACAUUGGGAUCCAGAAUAUUGUGAUGUUAAAGUUGUACAAACAUUUAUGUUAUUAUCAGAAUUAAAAACAAUUAUGGAAGAUGCUAUACAAAAACAUCGACCAAAUUCAAAUUUACCAAUCGAUUGUACAUCAGUACCAUUAGUUCUUUGUGGAGAUUUUAAUUCAUUACCUGAUUCAGGUGUUAUUGAAUUAAUGCGUACAGGAAAAAUUUCAAUGAAUCAUGCUGAUUUUAAAGAUCUUAGUUAUGAAUCAUAUUUACAAAAAUAUUGUCGUAUUGAUGAAAAUUCAACACCAAGUAAUGAUAUUAUACAUCAUUUUAAAUUACAAUCAGCAUAUGAAACAACAUCAGCACCUAUUAUGCCUUAUACUAAUUAUACGUAUGAUUUUAAAGGUAUUAUUGAUUAUGUUUUUUAUUCAACACAAUUAAUGCGUGUACUCGGUGUAUUGGGACCACUUGAUCCUGAAUGGCUUCAAACAAAUAAAAUAGUCGGUUGUCCACAUCCAAAUGUUCCAUCGGAUCAUUUUUCACUUCUUGUUGAAUUUGAACUUAAUCCAAUAAAUGAGAAUUUAAAAAAUUCAACAACAUCAAUGUCUACAAGACGACAACAAUAA